CUAAGCGUUGACCAUGGUAUGGAUGUGGUUAGAUCGACAAUGACAGACAAGUUCAUCUCAAACGUGUUUAAAGUGACCGUGAUACGUGAGAACGCUGAGGUAAUAUUUAAGGUGGAACAGCAGCGAAGUCUGUCAGUCAGAGAGGAGACCUGCUGGAUUUUAUAGACCUAGACCACAACAAGAGUAGAAUGGAUGAGAACCAGAACCCGGAGCACCGCACCGACAUCCCCGUUAAAUGGGAAGAAUCAGGCUCGCUCUUUGCCACCACCGAUAAACAGAAACAAACAGGAAGAAUGGGACUCAAACGUCACCACUGUCAGCACUGUGAAAAAGCUUUUACAACAUCAAAAUAUUUAAAGAUUCAUCAGAGAGUUCACACAGGAGAGAAACUUCACAGCUGUGAGCAAUGUGAGAAAACUUUUACUCUAGAAAAUGCUCUAAAAGUCCACCAACGCAUUCAUACUGGAGAGAAGCCGUACAGCUGUGACCAAUGUGGGAAAACUUUCACUCAAGUCGGUCAUCUAAAAAGUCACCAACGCAUUCACACUGGAGAGAAGCCGUACAGCUGUGACCAAUGUGGGAAAACUUUCACUAGAAAUGGUGAUCUGAAAGACCACCAACGCAUUCACACUGGAGAGAAGCCGUACAGCUGUGAGCAAUGUGGGAAAACUUUCAUUUAUGGCAGUACUCUAAAAGACCACCAACGCAUUCACACUGGAGAGAAGCAGUACAGCUGUGACCAAUGUGGGAAAACUUUCAUUAGAAACUGUGAUCUAAAAACCCACCAACAUAUUCACACUGGAGUGAAGCUGUACUGGUGUGACCAAUGUGGGAAAACUUUCACUCGAGACAGUCAUCUAAAUGACCACCAACGCAUUCACACUGGAGAGAAACCGUACUGGUGUGAGCAAUGUGGGAAAACUUUCAUUCGAGACAGUCAUCUAAAAACACACCAACGCAUUCACACUGGAGAGAGGCCAUACUGGUGUGAGCAAUGUGGGAAAACUUUCACUCAAGACAGUCAUCUAAAAAUCCACCAACGCAUUCACACUGGAGAGAAGCCAUACAGCUGUGAGCAGUGUGGGAAGACUUUCACUCAAGACAGUCAUCUAAAAAUCCACCAACGCAUUCACACUGGAGAGAAGCCAUACUGGUGUGACCAAUGUGGGAAAACUUUUGCUAGAGACAGUCAUCUAAAAAGGCACCAACGCAUUCACUCAGCAUCGUGUUGAAAAUGUUUCAGAGGCAGGUUAGCACUGUCUCCCUGUCCCCUCUCCAUGCCUUUAAUAACAGUGUUGUUCUAUCCUGAGCUUCUCAGCUGCCAACUGUAACUUAAGAGUCAGUAUGUAUGCCAUUAGUUCAUGUUGAUCCAAGUCAUAGAAGUGCUCAGUGUGAGUCCCGUAACAUUGUCAAUGUGGAAAAAUGAACAGCAUUCUUAUGCCCGAAAUAGCUCCUCCCACCUUGCAACUCUAUACUACUCUGUGCAAAAAAAAUGGCCCAGCUAAUAUGUAUGGUGGUUAAAGGUGUGUCUAGUAAAACUU